CAGGACUGCUGGGCUCUGGGGUUCCCUGAGGCUGAGAUCCUACAAAAUCUUGGUCAUGCAAGCAACUUGCAGUGAUACACUUGGGAGAGUCCCCUUGAUGGGUUUGAUCCAAGGGCCCCUGAACAUAAAACCCUCAGCAUCUACUGAGCAGAUUUUCCCAGUGAUGUCCUCCAGCUGAUGUGCUCCACCUCUGGGACCAGGGGGUAAGUUUUAGGCAGGAGGCAGAGAAAGAGACAGCAUCCCCGGCGCCGCGGUGCUGCCGUGCAUGGAUGGGAACACACCGCCCGCUAGCGGCUGCUCCUCCUGCUGCUCCGCUGAUGCUGCCCCRGGGAUCGCACCGGGACAAGGUGCCUGGCCAUCCUUCCUCCCGCCCUCGGAUAAAAUCAGCGUCUCUGGGAAAGGUCCUCGCUGGGCUGGCCGAAAACAGAGAGAAAAUUGGUUGAAAUGGGGUUAUGGGCAGCAAACACCUCUAAAACUCCAGCAUGUUUAGAGCCAUCACUUUGUGGAGGCAAAGAACACAUUCAUGACUYCCCUGAAGGUUCCCUGAGGACAGCCCUCCUUGGAGGGCAGCGUGAAGAUACCUGGGGUGAGCAGUGGGGAAGCAAAAAAGCACCUCUGUGCUUCACACUGCCCCAGCUAAUUAGCCCCACUCCACAGGAGAUCAUUAACUCAAGUASAAUUCCUUGCCAACCUGCUCCAGGCCUGAGCUGGUGUCUCCCCGGGUCAGCAUUGCUCUGGGUGGUGUGGACAACCCMCAGUGUCCAGGCUGAGUUUUCACAUCUUGGUGCCAAGAUGCAAUUUUUUUUUYCCAACUGAAAAUACUGCUUUGAGAUUUCUCUAGGCCUUUGGCCCUACACAAAACCACAGAGCCAAAGACCUCAGAAAGGCUCYUUCUACCCCUGCUUGUUUUUGUGCUUAUGAGACAGUAAGAAAUGGGUGACUGGAGUUUCUUGGGGAACAUUUUAGAGCAGGUGAACGAGCAGUCCACUGUCAUCGGGAGAGUUUGGCUCACAGUGCUCUUCAUUUUCCGCAUCCUGAUCCUGGGCACAGCUGCCGAGCUGGUAUGGGGAGACGAGCAGUCAGACUUUGUGUGCAACACCCAGCAACCUGGUUGUGAGAACGUCUGCUACGAUGAGGCCUUCCCCAUCUCCCACAUCCGGCUCUGGGUCCUGCAGAUCAUUUUUGUAUCCACGCCUUCACUAAUGUACUUCGGGCAUGCCGUGCACCACGUCCGCAUGGAGGAGAAGAGAAAAGAGAGGGAGGAAGCUGAGAGGCGCCAGCAAGCUGAGGUGGAUGAAGAGAAGCUGCCCCUGGCUCCAAACCAAAACAAAGGCAACAACCCUGAUGGAACCAAGAAGUUUCGCCUGGAAGGUACUCUUCUGAGAACGUACAUCUUCCACAUCAUUUUCAAAACUCUCUUUGAGGUGGGAUUCAUAGUAGGUCAGUACUUCCUGUAUGGCUUCCGAAUUCUCCCCCUUUACCGCUGUGGGCGGUGGCCCUGUCCCAAUCUUGUGGACUGUUUUGUCUCCAGGCCCACGGAGAAGACCAUCUUCAUUAUGUUCAUGCUGGUGGUGGCUUCCGUAUCCCUCUUCCUCAACCUGGUCGAGAUCAGUCACUUGAUCUUGAAAAGAAUCCGSCGGGCUCUGAGAAGACCAGCAGAGGAGCAGCUCGGAGAGAUCCCGGAGAAGCCCCUCCACGCCAUCACAGUCUCCACCAUCCCAAAGGCCAAAGGCUACAAGCUCCUGGAAGAAGAGAAGCCGGUAUCCCACUAUUUCCCUCUCACGGAAGUAGGGGUUGAGCCCAGUCCCCUUCCAUCAGCCUACAAUGAGUUUGAGGAGAAGAUUGGAAUGGGACCUUUGGAAGAUCUCUCCAGGGCAUUCGAUGAGAGGCUACCAUCGUAUGCACAAGCGAAGGAACCAGAAGAGGAGAAGGUACGAGCAGAGGAGGAGGAAGAACAAGAGGAGGAGCGGCCAGGGCCUCAGGAAGAGCCAGGGAUGAAGAAAGCAGAAGAGCAGGUGGUGAGAGAUGAAGUGGAAGGGCCUUCAGCACCUGCUGAACUUGCCGCUGAUAUGAGACCCCUGAGCAGGCUAAGUAAAGCCAGCAGCCGGGCCAGGUCAGAUGAUUUGACUGUAUGAAGGUGCAGAAUGUGGGGAGCACAUGAGAAGGAAAAGGUUGAAGAGAAAAGGAGAGAUAGAGAAAGGAUCCAAAGAUAUUUUUAAGCAAAGUGCUAAAAUGGCCACUUGAAUAUUAUUUCCUUUUAUGAUUCUCAGCUGGAAAGGUACUAUCAUGGUAACUGUGCCUUAUUUACCCCCUAUGUCCCUGUAUUUCCCUGUUUCCACAUGCCAGCUCACUCCUGAUGGUAAUAUCUACACUGUACACAUAACUGAUGUAUUUUAAAACCUACCAUGGCAGUGAUACCCAAAUGUUGCCACUGUGAUCAUAUUUACUGAAAGCCUUAUGUUCCAUAUUUCUCUAGGAAUGUGGGGAGGAUCUGUCUUUCAGCCAGCUAGGGGAAAGACUGAUCAACACCUUAUCCAGUCUUUCCACUUCUGUUUCAUCCUAUGACUCGCUGAGCAGAUCUCCCCUUUGCUGUUGGCAUGGAAUUGCAGUUACUUAAUUCACAAAGUGAAUUCUGUGCUUAGCAUCAACACACUAAAAUACUAAGCCCAACUUCCCUUCUUUAUUCAGAAAAUAAAAGCAAAAAUGUUCUAAAUUUCUCUGUGAAUGCAUAUCUGAGUUAGGUAAAAAUAUUUUCCCUUGGUCAAAAAUAUUUCUUCUCUUUAAGUGACAUUGACAGUGGACAAGGUUAACGGUAGCUCUCUACUAGGAUUCAGCAGAUGCCCAGGGAUUGAUUAUUUGUCCCCAAGAGGAUUGUCCAGCCCCGAGACUAGWUCAGAAUACUGGAAAGAAUAAAUUCAAGUGAUAUUGUUUACUUGUAGCCUUGUGACUUAAAGAUGUGAAACUAGAUUUAGCCAAGCAAGAGGGGGAAAUCUUGCCACAGCCCACCCAGCAGGAACCCAAAUAUAAGCCUUCAUGGUAUGAUCCUGACAAGUGUUCAGUUCCUGGAGCUUCCAGGCUCCCAGGCACUCAGCAAAUCUCAGGUACAGAAUCCUGAAGGCAUGUGUGAACCUAAACCAGGGGUCUGGGUAACUAUGUGASUUUUUAAACCUCUAAAUACAAAACUGGUUGGUCAAGUUUGAAAAGACUGAUAUGGUAAUAGUCUCUUGACAGCCUUGUUUUAAUUUGACAGAUGGGAGCCAUUCAUACUUCUCUAUAAAAUGCCAAGGUCUCACUCAAUAAGACAAGGCCUUUCAUAAGAUGAUUUAGACCUUUUGUGCCAACAGGUCUGUACAGAAUUCUCAGAGACUUGGAAAGAUUUUUUUUUUAUAAAAGGCAGAAAAUGAUGUGCUUGCAAAUGUUUAGAUGUCUAAUAUAGAUUUCUAAUUUUAGGACUACAGCAGCAUCUUUUGGCUGGGACAGUGCAGCAAUGCGUUCCAAAGCUUCAGGUUAACAGCUAUGUCCCCCCAAAACUGAGCCUCAUGCCAAAAAAGUGCAGGUAUGCACUCUGCUCUGCAAACCUCAGACCCUGCCAUCUCAGCAAAUUCUUUCUGCUGGGCUGCAGCCCAUCCCAUUAUUCCCAGGGCAGGCUCUAAUCCAGGUCAGGGAAAAAAAAGUCUUUGGCACAAUGCAUAAAACUCAUCCCGCCAUUAGCUAGAAAAGACCCCCUGCGGCCUCUCAUUGUCGCAGGUCUGACUCAAAGCCCAUGGAAAGCAAAUGGGUGCCURAGAGAGCUCUGGGUAGGCUUGGGCCAUGUCCCAGCCCCUUACAGUCAGUCCUGUCACUCCUGAUCCCACCCCCUCGGUGGAGUUCCCUGCCUGGUCACACAGCUGCGAAGGUGGCCAGACUUCACUGCCGAGUGACGUUAAGCUGUACAUAUGUAGAAAGUUUGUAGGGUGCAUUGGGAUUCUUCAGCACCACAGAGGUGCCACAUAUUUUACUUUUUUUUUUACAGUAUUUAUCCUUUUGCUCCUCUUGGGCCUCUUGUGUAUUUUCCCCAGGUUUGCCUGGGGUCAAAACUUUUAUUCCUUAGACAAAGGCUGUUGGGUGUCCUUCCUUGUGAAGGAAGAUUGGGAGGUCCCUCCUCAGUUUUGGGAAGGAAUAUGACAAAGCAACACAUGCAAGAGAGAGUCUGGAGGCUACUAUUUACCCACUCUCUUAAUACAGAAACAGGAAAACAGUUAUCACAACUGAAGAAAGAGAAUGUUUUUUCAGCAGGAAGAGUCCACUGUGCCCAGUUCAAGACAGUAGAAUUCAAGAAAGAGCUAAGAUUUAAAUGACCAGAACACUCAUCACACUUAUACUAGCUGGGAUCUAUUACUUUUUAUUUUCUCCACAGAAAGAGAUAAGAGUUUGAAUGAUUCUGAGCAUCAACCAGCCCACUUGUUGAAGAGGGUUGGAAACAUACCUUCCUGCAGGUAAAAAGCACAACCUUGUAACAGUUUAGUAUGAGGUUUCCGCAUCAGAGCAUCUGACCCUUCCAGAUACCAAUGUACUGGACCAGAUGAAUCACACUCACCCUUGUUGACUUCUAUUUACUUGAUAAUUCCACUCCUGAUUUCUGACAUUCAUACACUCAUUACACUACAGGACUACUUAAAGAUGAGUGCUUGUUCAUCAGGAGCACGGUUCACAAYGUGGCUGUCAGGUGGGCCAGUCUUUAAUCACCACAUGUUAUUUAUGUCAUUCUUUUUCCUUGGAGAGCCUCAGUAAAAUGCACCAUGUGCAGUGUAUUCCAUGGACACUGUAGUUCGCUCACAGCUGCCACUGGAAUUCUCCUUUCUUCCUUCGAGUGMCGACAGCACAAGGAUAAGCUGGCAUUUCCCUCCUGCAUCCCUCCAGAAUCAACUGCUUCUUGGUUUAUUUUUUUUAAAGCCAGUUUUCAAGUACUCUGCCAGGCUGGCAGUGAAUCUGUAGCCACCAAGCAUGGGCCAUGGCAUUGGGACAGUGCUGCUCGGCAAACAGGGGACAGCCCGGUCUUCUGGCACUCAGCCUCAUCUCUGCAAGAAAACCACUGUGGGACUGUCAGCAAGACAUUCUUCCUUCUUGUGCAAAUGGGAAUCAUUUUCUACCUUACAAUGAUGAUGUGAGGCCUGAUGUGUUGUGCUGGUAAUGGAAAGGGAGGUCCUUAGAUGGAAGGCCCUACAGAUGAGCAAAGGAUUAUUGCUAUUUCUGGAUGUGAUAGCUUAUAAAUGUGUUUUACUCCCUCUCAAUGAGACAAAUUUAAUAGCUUAUUCCAGAAAUUCCUAGUGAAGUUACAUAACAGCCUCARAGCUGGGGAUUGAGUGUAUGACUCUACUCAAAACAUAAUUUAGCAAAACAUAGAGAUCUAUAUGAAGAACGKGGAAAAUUAUUUCCUUGGGAAGGGGGAAAUCACUGGACAAUUAGAGCCAUGCCUGGAUUAUUUAAAGGUGUGUUUGCCCCCUUGGCUCCCUGUGCAAAUAAAUUACUAACUGAUCACACAGCUCUCUGCAAGGAGCAUAAGAUGCAAGUGUCAAAAUCACCAAAGGAGGUGAAAGUAGAAGAGAAAGGUAGUCUCUUAGCUUACAAUAGCAUGUGGGRGUUGGUGUUCUCUAGUGUCUAGAGCAGUGGACCUAGGAUAAUAAUCUUAGAUUUAUUUCCAGCUCUGCUUCUGACUUGCUGUGAUAAUCACUUUACCUCUCAGUGCCUGUUUUCUCCACCUGUAAAAUGGGUGUAAGAAUUUCCACCUACCUCACAGGGAUGUUGUGAGGCUUCCUUAAUUCUGUUUGUAAAGUAAUUAGGAAUGAUCUGAUGAAAAGCACUGCUGAAAUGCAUGGUAUCCUUGUUAUUUCUUGGCAGAACUGCUAACUUGGUUAAUAUAUGACUCCUUGACCAGAAGGGCAGUAGUUUGGAAAGGUGAACACUGCACUGCACUGACAACAUUCACAUGGAUGUGCAUUUGCCAUGGGUAAAAAAGACUUUAUUGAUUCCCCCACUCAUCUCUCCCACCUUAGCCAAGGCCACGUAUGAAGCUGUGGUGACUGUGGUGACAUGGACCCCUCUUCUCCAUCCCCAGCAUCCCCCCUGGGGCAGCAUUUAUGCUUUAAUAAGGCAGUUCCUGGAGCACUUGGUUCAGGUUGGUGGAGCUCUGACAGUUUUAAGGUCCUUGCAAGGCACGGGGGAGAGGGUUGUAUCACACAGGAYAUUGCUGGGCUUCUGUUUUAAGCCACACACCGCAAAGAGACCGACACCCACAAUCUCUUAGUGCUGAAACACAGUGAGGUGCAGAUUCCUCCUCCUGCAGGAGAGGAGAGAUUUGGGGGAUCUCUGCUCUCUGGGUCUGUGUGGGCCUGAAAUCCACUUACUGAGGGAGAAAGUCCCAUCUCUCCUGCUGCUCCGUAACUCACUGACUGUGCAGUUUUACAUUUAAAGAGCGGCUGUGUCACACAAUGCUGAAAAAAAGUGGCAGUUUGCUGUUUUGUAUAGAAAAUGGCUUUUCAGGCUGACAACUGAAAGUAAUCCUAGCCUAGGCUUAGUUUUGUUUAGUAAAGACAGGAACAUCCAUGAGUACUACACUAAAGCCUUCCUGUAAGCCCAAGGCAGUUGUGAUAAAACAGUAUAUGGUGCCAGAUUUCCUGAGGGUCAGGGCUGGAUAAACGUACCAAAAUCAGGGGACUUGUCAAAGUAUUGGAGUAAUUUUUUUCCCCAACAGAAUGACAUUCCCAUUCCUUGGGCCAUUUGUGUGCUAUACCUUCUAACAUGGCUCAGGAAAGGCUUUUUGCCAACACCAAAUGUGCUUACACAGCUGAGUAGUAACCAUGGCGAGUGAAUGAGUGUCGACUUGCCAAGACAGGGCCAGGCACACAAUCCUUUCCUUGCCAUUAGUUUGGCACCAACCUGCUUCAGUAGAAGAGGCAAGAGUUAUGYAUCUGUCAACAAUUCAAGCUUUCCUCUCAGCAGCCUGAUGUAAAAGAGACACAAGGGGCCUGUUCAGCCUGGAGAGGAGGGGGCUAAGGGCAUUGGAAGCCCUAACUGCUGUCUUCAGGUUCCUUAUGGGGAGUUCCAGGGAAGAUGGAGGCAGACUCUCGGCAGAGGUGCACAACAAAAGACCAGAGGCAACAAUCACAAUGAGCAGCAAUGGAAAAUUUUGACUAAAAAAACUGACAAGGAAAAAAAAUAGUUCAAAUGAAGAGUGGUUCAGCACUAAAGCAGGUGCCCAGAGGCAUGGUGGGAUCUUCAUCCUCGGGGGAUGGAGCCUGGCUGGGAAGAGCACUGAGCAUCCUAAUCUGACUGUAUAUUGAGCUGAAGGUCGGRCUGGGUGCUGCCUUCCAGCCUGAACUAUCUAUCCCAUGGGAUAUCCCAAGCUGAAAGCUCAGUGCAGCCACUGCAUGGUGGAAUGGCACGUGUAGGGCGUAUCCUGCCUCAUGGGGUGUUUUUGUGGAGCUGGUUUUGGCUGUGCCAAAGGCCACACCACCUCCCCAGGCACCAGCAGAGGCAGAUGCACACACGGAGUCAACUGUUCAAGGCCAGGUUGGAUGGAGCUCUGAGUAACCUGGUCUGAUGAAAGGUGUCCCUGCUCAUGGCAGGGGGUUGGAACUGGGUCAUCUUUAAGGUCCCUUCCAACCCAAACUAUUCUAUGAUUCUGUGAUUCUAUGAACUGAUGUUUGAUAGCUACAAAAGCUGCUUGAGGCCAGAAUCGUGUUAUGUAACUGGUUUGGAAA